AUGAUUUCUAACAACAUGGCGGACAUGAAAUCAGUUGUUGUACAUCAAGAUUUGCACUUCGUGGAUUAAUUUUAAUAACAAAACAUAGAACUUUUUAACUAGUAAAUUGUUUAAAUCAAUUUAUGCGCUAGAUGUAACAGUAGAAAGUUGUGACCGUGGUUAUUUCUACGCCUCUGUGAUGUGAUUUUAGAUAUCGGGGCGAAUUGUUAGAGAGAAAUUGUGGUCACUAUUGUUGUCUUUCACUUGGUAUCUGGUCAAUAGUACCAUGCCGCGGCGCGGGACAGAGGCCGUGCAGCCGCUGGAGCCCCCUAAAAAGAAAUCUAAAGUUGUUUUAGAGCAGCUUUCUUUGUUAUGCCCGAUCUUGGACGCUAGUUUUACCGACGACGAAGCCUUGCCGCCAGGUAUCGUGUUUUCGGACAUACAACAGAAGAAAUGGCGCAUUGGAAAGCCGAUAGGUCGCGGCAGCUUCGGUCGAAUUUAUCUGGCGUCUGACAAUGUGGACAAGGAGGUCACUAAGCUGAACGCCAACUAUGUGGUCAAGAUAGAACCGCACACCAACGGCCCGCUGUUUGUGGAAGUGCAUUGCCUGAUUCGUACUUCACAAGUGGCAAAAAUAAAAGCAUGGCGCCAACAAAACAAACAGAAACGCAUUGGCAUGCCAGUAUACAUUGCAAGUGGAUCCUUUAUAGACAAAAAGACUGGCAUGAAAUACAGGUUCCUUGUCCUACCUCGCUACGACAUAGACUUGCACAAAAUCAUCGCUCGGACCAAAGUACUAGACUUGAAGAAUGUUCUAGUACUCGCUCUGCAGAUACUAGAUGUCUUAGAGUACCUACACAAUCAGGGAUACACACAUUCGGAUAUAAAAAGCUCAAAUCUCAUGCUCGGAUUUGAGGGUGGCAAAAUAAAUAAGUUCCCUAUGGCAAAAACUUCACAAUCUUUCCAAAAAGAAACAAAAGAAGUAGCAGUGUUGUCAGGAAAACACAGGCGAGUCAAAAGUGGGAAGUCUAGAGCCUCAAACUAUUAUGAUGAUGAGGAUUAUGUGAUUAAAGACUCUAAAGGCUUAGAUCUUAACAAUAGUUGUGAUGAGAAAAGACUGGCGAGUGUUAAACAGCUAAGGAAAAUACUAAACGAUAGAGACAGUAGGACUUUACAUAGGCACCACGCUUUCAAUCUCAGGCAGCUAUCCAGUUAUGUCAACUAUGAGGACAUGACUAGCUCAGUUUGCUCCGAUCAAUCGUACCAGAAGUUGCUUGAUGAUUUUGGCAAUAAAACUCUCAUUAGAACCACUGCAGAGUUCUAUGAAGAUGCGAAAAGGAAGAAAACCGAUACAACUAAUGAUUACGAAAUACAUAAAGAGGCAAUUCUUUCACAGUCAAAUAGACAGAUUUAUCUAUUGGACUAUGGUCUUGCUUCAAAGUUCCUAGAUUCCGAAGGAAAGCAUAAAGAUUUCGGCAUGGACGCGAGGAAAGCUCAUGAUGGAACAUUAGAAUACAGCUCCAGGGAUUCUCAUAUUGGAGCUCAUUCUCGAAGGUCGGACCUUGAGACUCUCGGUUACAACCUGAUUGACUGGCUUACAGGAUCCUUACCUUGGAAGACUACGGAAGUUCUUGCUGAACCUGACUUAGUCCAUGCCUUGAAGAAAAACUACAUGAGCGAUAUAAAGUCCUUCUUAAAAACCAGCUUUAAAACCGAGUUUUAUCCCCAAUUCAUGGAGAAAUACUUGGAAUACGUCACCAGCUUGGAAUUUACAGAGAAGCCAGACUAUGACCACUGCAGACGCCUAUUCAAGAGUGAAUUGAUGAAGAAUGCAGAUAAGGAAGUGUCUUUGAAGCUAGCUGAACCUCCAAAUUCACCAAUGGGCCGAAAAUUGUGUUAUUCAAGAAGGUUUGGCAGGAAGAACACUCCAGCAGACUUUUUAUCUAGAAGUGGGAUCAAGAAAAGCUAUGAAAGAGAGAAUGUGUGUUCGCUUGAAAACGAUCUGAAGUUGGAACUGUUGAAGCAAACUAUCAAUAUAUCCAGUGAGGGAAUAAGGAAGCCAUGCACUUCCAGAAACUUCUUCGUUUCCGAUGCGGAUUUGAUCGCUCGUCUGAAAAAGUCGCUCAUGCCUCAUGACAUUUUAGGCAAAAAGUUGUCCCCGAAAAACUUACGAUCAAAGAAGAAAGUGCAGAAACGCAGAGGCAAAAGAACGCACAGAAGUAGCAUUGGGAAGUUUGGGAAUUUCAUGGGUUCCGCUAAACAGUUUACUUGGGCUGAAAUAUUAGCUCAAAAUCCAGAGGAUAUUAUUCGUAAGGAGCGUAACACAGCCAACAGUGAUGAAGAUGAUGAUGAGGAUACCUGUAAAUACAGGAUCAGGAAACUGUCAGAUGCAUCAUCGGAAGGUAGCGACUCUCUCCAGUCCCCACUGAUGCAAAAAGACUACUUGCAAGGCGUGAAAUGGACACCCGCUAUGAAAGAAGUCUUAGCUAACUUUAAGAAAAGGCUUGCAGGCAAAGGUAAAGACACCGAAGAGUUACCGGAGGAACUCCAAGGAUAUACUCCAGCGAUGGUUAAAAUUCAUAGGAUUAAAGAAAAAAGAGAAGCGAAAGAGAUGGAAGCUGUGAAACAAGUAGACGAGAUGCCUUCGGAGCCUGUUACUAGAACUACCAGGUCAAUGAAGAAGAAAGUAGGAAAACCGAAGACUGAAGCAAAGACUAGAAGGAAUAAAAGAAGUGUGGAUAGCGUUAAGAUAAAGGAAGUUAAAGUGGCUCUUGAGAAGUUGGAUGUGAAGAUGAUUGAGCCAAAACCGAAGCCAAAGGCUAAAAAGAAGGAAGUUAAGAUUGUUGAGCGCCCAAAGUCUCCUGCGGGCAAGAUUAAAAGGUCAUCACCAAGCAGAUCAACAAAAUCUUCAAGAACCAGAGACACCACCGUUCUUAACAACAGACGCCGCCUCCGUAGCAGCAAGCGGACCGCUUGACGCUGCGACUGUUGUCAAACCGACUCCAUUCAACCGCCUUAAAAUAGGAUAAUCAUAUUUAAUAGCCCAUAUAAUGCGUAAAUUAGUGCAAAAUAUUGAAGCCCUAAAUUGGACAAUGCGCGUCAAAUACUCGUUCUCGAUAAUAAAAUUGUAUAGUGCCCGUACAUUGUAAUGCCGUGCCGUUAUCAUGCCGUACAGAGGGCCGCGAAAACCGAAAUUGGCAAAUUGCGGGGAUCUUUCUCUUUUGCUCCAAUGAAGGCGUAAUUAGAGUGACAAAGAUGCCCGCAAUUUGCGAACUUCGAUUUUCGCGGUUAUAGGCUAGAGCUCUUUAACCAUCAGAUGUGCGGAUAAUAUAUGUUGCACUAUUUUACGCGUCUUUAAUAUUUCAUUAUUUACGUCUCUGCAAAGUAUUAAGUAUGUACACACACACACAAAAAAGGUAUGAUACACAAUAUAACCUAUAAAUCAUUUUUAGGUUAUACAAUUAUUAUUUAUUCAUUCAUCUUGUUUGAUUUUUAUCUGCUUGGGGCUAUAGAGAUUUGUCUCUUAUUUUAUUACCUAUGUACAUACAACUUAGCAGAGCUGACUCUAAAAUAAAUAUCAAUUGUUUUGGACAAACUUGCCUAUUUGACUUUCAGAUAUUAGUGGACCUUUCGAAUUUUUAUAUAUAUUGCUGUUCGUUUGUAAGAUGUCUGUGAUUGUUUUAUAUUACUUCAAUAAUAUUCGCAUCUAGAAAUUUUGACUUGGGCCGUACUCCGUAGUUAAUAUUCAACUUAUACGUUAAGUAUAAUUUCGUGUAUGUUUUCAAGCUUUUGUAUUCUCGUAGAAGUAUAAUGAUUUUGUUAAA